GAGUCCCGGGCUGAGGGAGGCGGCUCCGGCGGCGCGGGCGCUGGUGCGGACCGGGGCUGCGGCGUGUGUGCGCCCGCCAGCGGCGCCGGAGACUCGAUCUUACAGAAAAUUUCAGCUGUAGCCCUGGACUAGAAGCUGAAAUAGUAGAAACUGUGUAUGAUGUAUUAGAAUAUUGAAGAACAUUAAUUUUUGAAUAAAGUAUUUGGAAUAUAAGGAAGGAAAGGUGCUUGAAAAUGGGGCGGAAGAAAAUACAAAUCACACGCAUAAUGGAUGAAAGGAACCGACAGGUCACUUUUACAAAGAGAAAGUUUGGACUGAUGAAGAAAGCCUAUGAACUUAGUGUGCUCUGUGACUGUGAGAUAGCACUCAUCAUUUUCAACAGCUCCAACAAACUGUUUCAGUAUGCCAGCACUGAUAUGGACAAGGUUCUCCUCAAGUACACAGAAUACAACGAGCCUCACGAAAGCAGAACCAACUCGGAUAUUGUUGAGACUUUAAGAAAGAAAGGCCUUAAUGGUUGUGAGAGCCCUGAUGCUGACGAUUACUUUGAGCACAGUCCACUCUCGGAGGACAGAUUCAGCAAACUAAAUGAAGAUAGUGAUUUUAUUUUCAAACGUGGCCCUGCUCUGAACAAGAAGGAACACAGAGGGUGCGACAGCCCAGACCCUGAUACUUCAUAUGUGCUAACUCCACAUACAGAAGAAAAAUAUAAAAAAAUUAAUGAGGAAUUUGAUAAUAUGAUGCGGAAUCAUAAAAUCGCACCUGGUUUGCCACCUCAAAACUUCUCAAUGUCUGUCACAGUCCCCGUGACCAGCCCUAAUGCUUUGCCCUACAAUAACCCAGGGAAUUCACUUGUGUCCCCAUCUUUGGCAGCCAGCUCAACUUUAGCAGAUUCAAGCAUGCUCUCUCCACCUCAAGCCACGAUACAUAGAAAUGUAUCCCCUGGAGCUCCUCAGAGACCACCAAGUACUGGUAAUGCAGGUGGGAUGUUGAGCACUACAGACCUCACAAUGCCGAAUGGAGCUGGAAGCAGCCCAGUGGGUAAUGGAUUUGUAAACUCAAGAGCUUCUCCAAAUUUGAUUGGAACUACUGGUGCGAAUAGUUUAGGCAAAGUCAUGCCUACAAAGUCUCCUCCUCCACCAGGUGGUGGCAAUCUUGGAAUGAACAGUCGAAAACCAGAUCUUCGAGUUGUCAUCCCCCCUUCAAGCAAGGGCAUGAUGCCUCCACUGAACCCUCAGAGGAUAAGCAGUUCUCAAGCCACUCAGCCUCUCGCCACCCCCGUGGUGUCUGUGACAACCCCGAGCUUGCCUCCGCAGGGACUCGUGUACUCCGCCAUGCCGACAGCGUACAACACGGAUUACUCACUGACCAGCGCUGACCUGUCGGCCCUGCAAGGCUUCAACUCCCCAGGAAUGCUGUCUCUGGGGCAGGUGUCGGCCUGGCAGCAACAUCACCUAGGACAAGCAGCCCUCAGCUCUCUUGUCGCUGGUGGGCAGUUAUCUCAGGGUUCGAAUUUAUCUAUUAAUACCAACCAAAACAUCAACAUUAAGUCAGAACCAAUUUCACCUCCCCGGGAUCGAAUGACCCCAUCAGGCUUCCAGCAACAGCAGCAGCAGCAGCAGCAGCAGCCACCACAGCCGCCGCCACCGCCACCGCCACCACAGCCGCCCCAGCCCCAGCCCCAGCCCCGGCAGGAAAUGGGGCGCUCCCCUGUGGACAGUCUGAGCAGCUCUAGUAGCUCCUAUGAUGGCAGUGACCGCGAGGAUCCACGGGGUGACUUCCAUUCUCCCAUUGUGCUUGGCCGGCCCCCAACCACCGAGGACAGAGAGAGCCCUUCUGUAAAGCGCAUGAGGAUGGACGCAUGGGUGACUUAAGGCUUCCAGGCUGAUGCUUGUCCUUUGUGUCACUGCAGUGAACUGCCCUACAUAUCUAAGUUGGUAAAUAAGGACAUGCGUUAAGUAUAUUUAUAUGUACAUACAUACAUAUAUAUCCCUUUUACAUAUAUAUGUAUGUGGGUGUGCGUGUGUGGGUGUGUGUAUGUGUGUGGCUGGGUAUGUUGCAGACACAGAAUCAGGCACUUACCUGCAAACUCCUUGUCAGUCUGCAGAUGUGUGUCCCAUGGCAGACAAAGCACCCUGUAGGCACAGACCAGUCUGGCACUUCCUUGGACUACUUGUUUCGUAAGAUAACCAGAUUUUGCAAACAAAUGUAUUCCCAUAUAUAAUUCUCCCACACUAGCUUGCAGAAACCUAGUGGGCCCCUACUUGUUUUAUUUAACUGUGCGGUGACUGUGUAGUUACUUAAGAAAAAUGCUUUGUAGAACAGAGCAGUAGAAAAGCAGGAACCAAGAAAGCAAUACUGUACAUAAAAUGUCAUUUAUAUUAAUUACCCAACCUGGCAUGGGUCUCUAUUGCAAAGGGGUGCAUGGGAAAGGGCUGUUGAUAUUAAAAAAAAAUACAAAAAUAGAAAACAAAAAAGCCCCACACAUAACUGUUUUGCACGUGCAAAAAUGUAUUGGGUCAAAGAAGUGAUCUUUAGCUAAUAAAAAAGAGAGAGAAUAGAAAACACGCAUGAGAUAUUCAGAAAAUACUAGCCUAGAAAUAUAGAGCAUUAACAGUAAAAUUAAUAUAUUAAGUUAUAAUUGGAAUAUGUCAGAAGUUUCUUUUUACAUUCAUAUCUUAAAAAUUAAAGAAACUGAUGAUUUUAGCUCAUGUAUAUUUUAUAUGAAAGAAAACUCCCUUAUGAAUUGAUGACUAUAUAUAAAAUUAUAUUCACUACUUUUGAACACAUUCUGCUAUGAAUUAUUUAUAUAAGCCAAAGCUGUAUGUUGUAACUUUUUUUUUAAGAGAAUAGUUCUAUCUUGUUUUAACUGUUUAGUUUUAUUUUAAGAGGGGAAAAAAUAUCUUGCAAGCAGAACCUUGGAAAAAAAAAGCCAUGAACACUUAUUAUUCUAUAUGUAAAUUAAAAGUUGAGCCAAACUUGUUGUGUAUAUAGCAUCUUAAAUAUAUUAUCACCUUUGAUGUAAGUACCUAUGUAUUGUAUGGUCACCAGAUUAAAAAGUAUAUUUUUGUGGAUUGCCGCCAAUCUGGGGGGAAAAGGCGAGAUCCUUAUUAAGUAGAGUAUUCACUGUUUAAUAUUUACUAUUUUGUUAAAUAUGCUGUACUUUGGAUUUUAAUUAUUAGCCCAGUUGUUUUCAGAGGAUUGUAUAGGGGGGUUUCUCCCCUCACUGGUGGGGAGUGUGUGAUGUUACAUUGUAAUCUUUGUGCUGUAUGGGUUGAGCAUCACUAUAUAUUUUAUAUGUGUACAUAAAUAGCAAAGUGGCAAAAAAUUGGUGUUAAGUUCAUCCUGCAUAAAUAUAAAAAUGUGUUGUAACAGAUUUUAUAAGGCAUUAUUUAAAAUUUGCCUUUUGUGAGGAAAAAAUAUAUAGUAGAAAAAGCUGACCUAAUUUAAUAUUACAGAAAAUGGCAAAAUAGUAGAUGAGCACAAAGGUUUUAUAAGUGGUAAAUGAUUAGGGGAAGAUAUUUGUGGGGAAAGGGAUCCAUGUUUCCUUGACCCUCUAAAAGUUGGAUGAUGAGUGGGUUACAAAGUGCUACCAUUAUCACUUGCUUUGUGUGUCGCAGUGACACUUUGGUGUGGGGAGGGAAAUUCUCUGAUGGUGCAGAUCCUUGGCCUGAUUCCUGCUGUCCUGUUUGGAAUCAGUGCCGCCCUCAGCUUGAAUUUUGAACAAGGCCUUAUUCUUACAGGAAGACACCUCAUGGGUAAGAACAAGUUCAUCUAUUGACUGGGCUUGUGCCAUGAACAGAAUUCAAAGUCCUGUAUAUCUUUUAUCGUAGGUUUUUUGAAUACUCCUUUUCCUCAGAAACUGAAAAGAAGCGUUUGAAAUGCUAUUUUAUAUUUUAAACUUAAUAAGAGCAGCUAUCUACAGUUUCUACUUACAUUGUUUCCCCCUAAAUUAUGUUUCUUUUGACACUCUUCUCGCUGUUUGUGACAGGUCCUCACCGGGGGCCCUGACUGCUGGUGGUGUUUGUACAGGACAACCCCGGGGCACUUGCAGGCUGCAGAGGGGAGAUUCUGCUUCAUUGGCAGUCUGGGUCAGAAGUUUUGGUAGAAGCCAAAAAAGAGAGGGUGACACACACUGUCUCCUCUCUGUAGUAGCACUCAAUAUUUGGCUCUUAAUCAGAAAGGAUGGGUUUUUCUUUAAAAAUGUACUUACUUCACUGAGCUACUUACAGGCACAUUCUUCAUAAGGUCACGCCUAAUCGGAACGAGACAGCCUCCCAACACUGAAUUUCUGAGAUGAUCCUUACCACUUUGUAAACCAUUUAUAGCUUUGAAGUGUUAAGUGAUUCUUUCGUUAUUAUUUAUGCAUGUUCAUGAACCUCUGCUGUAUAUUGGAAUAGGAGUUAACACAUUCACAUUUACUGUCUAUUUUCUUGUGUGCCUUAUGAGAUGGCUUUUCUGACUGUAUCUCAAUUGUCUUUCUUUCUAUGCAGGUUUAUAAUCAGUACAACUACUGUUUUCUAAAAUAUUACACAAGGCUCGGAGUUUGUAUUUAAAUUACACUGACCAAGUAACGUUGUAUUCCAUUUUCAGGAACUGAAUAUUUGACUGUUAGCCCUUGUCCCAUGUGCCCCGUGUGAUUGGGAGCAUAUGGACUCGCCAGACAUCCCUCACCCAGACACCACGUGCGAACACGUCCACAUUCCCAUCUCUUGGCGGAAACCAACCUACAGUGGGGAGGACACUAACUUUAAGUCCAUCUUUUCUAACCCUUUUAGGACUCAUGUGUUUUAUAUAAGACACCAUGACGGGAAAAUUGUAUCCCUUCAGAUGCAGUAUUUUAUUAUUAAAAACAAAAACAAAAAAAGCUUAAAUUGCACUGGUUAAAGUACAGUGUCCAACAGCUGCACUUCCCUCAGUACUCUCUGGAACUACGCUGAGAGUGAAAGCGCCAUUAUGUGUACACAGAUGGUCCCAAUCAAAACUCCAUCUUUUGAGCCCUAAUUACAUCCAUUGUGUUAUAGACUAAAUCAGGGGUUUGUUCUAAAAGAACAAUGUGUGUUUUACCAUUUCCUUUAAAUUUAAGGACAGUGUAUAAUGCAUUAACAUAAUUUCUAUAUUAACCAUCAUGCGCACAAGAAAUACAUAGUAAAUAAGGAACCUGAGAACUCCCGGCAUUGGGUCAUAAGAAGCUAGAUGAUUAGAAUGUGAAAAAGAUUUUACAAAUGUAAAACUUUUAUUUCUCUGUAGAAACUUUCUUCACUUUGCUGUGCAAGAAGACACUGCUUUGCUAUAUUUAAAAUGGCUUUUUUAAAAGAGAUUUAUGUAUUUGGUAAAUGUUUGUAGUCAACAGUUCACACACGAAGCUGUACACGGUUUGAUCUUGUAAAACCGUUUGGCGGCACAAGCUGGACUUUGUUGCCAUCCUUGAGAUGAAUCUUUUAAGAAAAAUAAGUUAAUCUCAAUUUUUCCCUGAAUGUGUUGUUUUUUCUUCAUUAUACAAUAAAUAUUAUAGUGUACUUUUUAUCAGAA